UUAAUGUGCUUCCAUCUUCUGUCUCCAUCUGAAUUCACUCUUUAAGACAGAGCUCUGACUCCGCUGCACCCAUUCCCCAUACGACCACCACACGGUGCAUCAUUACAUCUCCAUUUUUUUCUUCCUUUCUCUGCAUCCCUCCAUCACUUUGUUGUUUCCAUCUCCAGGAGGAUGCUGUUUCCCUGCGUCCUCUCUCCAUGAGCUCAGUUUCAGCGAGUUCAUCUGUAAUACUGGAUUUUAUUGUUUUUUUUUCAUUCCUGCCUCCAUCCUCUCUGUCUCUCUUCCAUUCCCUCUUGUUUUUUUUCUUUUUUUUCUCAGAGACGGGAGCUGCUUCCAAUCUAAGUCUGUGCUCUGCCUAUGCGCUCUGCGCUCCUCUCCUCUCCUCUCCCCUCUGUGCUAUACUGCACUGCUCAUCUCUGCUCUCUCCACAUCUCCAUCUCUCCUCCUUCUCUUUCCCUACCUGCAUCUCUGUCACACUAUGUGCUCUCAUCUCUGUUGGGCAUUGCUACGCUCUGCUUUGUCGUUUGGAGAAAAGCUCUGGGUCCUUUAGUGCCAGAGCUGAACCCACUUCAGCUACUUGCAGGAGAGGGAUCAGAUGCUCCUGGUGCACUGGUUUUGACUUGCCUCUGGAUUCUUUGGAUCUGUAGGCGCUGGAGAGGAGAGGAGGGCAGGGAAGGGGUGAGAAGAGCGAGAGCAUUCGCUGCUUGGAGAAGUCAAGGCUUCAAGGUGGUGGCAGCGGUGGCUGAUGGUUGUCCGUCGAGGGUCAUGCCCUGGGACUUGUGUGUUUUUCGGCUGUUGGAGUUGGAGACCUUCUCCCAUUUUUGCCCCCCUGGUGGGGUAGAAUUAAUCCUGGUGCCGGGGAAAGCUGCCGGGCACCAGUGGCUGCAGCGUGAAGAGUGGACACCAUGAACCAGCUGGAUGCGCCACGACCACUCAACUGGACCAUCCGAAAACUGUGCCAUGCAGCCUUCCUGCCAUCUGUGCGCCUGCUAAAGGCACAGAAAUCAUGGAUAGAAAGAGCAUUCAGCAAGAGAGAAUGUGUUCAUAUCAUAGCGAGUUCCAAAGACCCCCAUAGGUGCUGCUGUGGUCGUCUCAUAGGUCAGCAUGUGGGUUUGCCGCCCGGCAUCUCGUCCAGUCAGAAUGACAAGGCCGAGCGUUUGGCCAAGAAUGACAGCCUGUCGGAGAAGUGGUCGAUCAGCAAACACACACAGCUCAGCCCCACUGAUGCCUUUGGCACCAUCGAGUUCCAGGGAGGAGGACACUCCAAUAAAGCAAUGUAUGUGCGAGUGUCUUACGACACCAAGCCUGACCUGCUGCUGCACCUGAUGACCAAGGAGUGGCAGCUGGACCUUCCUAAGCUACUCAUCUCAGUCCACGGAGGCCUCCAGAACUUCGAGUUACAGCCUAAACUCAAGCAGGUCUUUGGUAAAGGGCUCAUCAAGGCUGCCAUGACAACCGGAGCCUGGAUUUUCACUGGCGGGGUGAACACAGGGGUGAUUCGGCACGUGGGGGAUGCAUUAAAGGACCACGCCUCCAAAUCAAGAGGGAAGAUCUGCACCAUUGGUAUUGCUCCAUGGGGCAUCGUCGAAAAUCAAGAGGAUCUUGUUGGUAAAGAUGUGGUGCGUCCGUACCAGACCAUGUCCAACCCCAUGAGCAAGCUGACGGUUCUGAACAGUCUCCACUCCCACUUCAUCCUGGCGGACAACGGCACCACGGGGAAGUACGGGGCUGAGGUGCGGCUACGGCGGCAGCUGGAGAAGCACAUCUCUCUGCAGAAGAUCAACACACGCAUUGGUCAGGGUGUGCCAGUGGUGGCUCUUAUUGUAGAGGGAGGCCCUAAUGUGAUCUCUAUCGUGUUGGAGUACCUCAGGGACACGCCUCCGGUCCCCGUGGUGGUGUGCGAUGGCAGUGGAAGAGCCUCGGAUAUCUUGGCCUUUGGACACAAAUACUCUGAAGAGGGAGGGAUAAUUAAUGAGUCUCUAAGAGACCAGCUGCUGGUGACCAUCCAGAAGACUUUCACCUACAGCCGCACACAGGCUCAACAUCUGUUCAUCAUUCUCAUGGAGUGCAUGAAGAAGAAGGAACUGAUAACAGUUUUCCGGAUGGGCUCAGAGGGUCAUCAGGACAUUGACCUUGCCAUCCUCACUGCAUUACUCAAAGGUGCCAAUGCUUCAGCCCCAGACCAGCUGAGUUUAGCUCUUGCGUGGAACAGAGUGGACAUUGCACGCAGCCAAAUCUUCAUCUACGGACAGCAGUGGCCUGUUGGUUCUCUUGAACAGGCGAUGCUGGAUGCCUUAGUUUUAGACAGAGUGGACUUUGUCAAGCUACUGAUUGAAAAUGGAGUCAGCAUGCACCGUUUCCUCACACUUUCCAGGCUAGAGGAGCUCUACAACACGCGCCAUGGACCAUCAAACACGCUGUAUCAUCUUGUCAGAGAUGUCAAAAAGCGAGAAUAUCCAGGGUUCAGUUGGAUCUACUUCAAGGGAAACCUGCCCCCGGAUUACCGCAUCAGUCUCAUCGACAUUGGGCUUGUCAUUGAAUACCUCAUGGGUGGAGCAUAUCGAUGUAACUACACCAGGAAGAGAUUCAGAACUCUGUACCAUAAUCUGUUUGGGCCUAAAAGGCCCAAAGCACUGAAACUGCUGGGAAUGGAAGAUGACAUGCCAAUCCGCAGAGGCCGCCAAAAGACGACGCGCAAACGAGAGGAGGAGGUGGACAUCGACCUGGAUGACCCGGAAAUCAAUCACUUCCCUUUCCCCUUCCACGAGCUGAUGGUUUGGGCUGUGCUUAUGAAACGACAGAAGAUGGCGCUCUUCUUUUGGCAGCAUGGCGAGGAAGCCAUGGCCAAGGCCCUGGUGGCAUGUAAGCUGUGUAAAGCUAUGGCACAUGAAGCAUCUGAGAACGACAUGGUGGAUGACAUCUCCCAAGAGCUCAACCACAACUCCAGAGAGUUUGGCCAGCUGGCGGUGGAGCUCCUCGAUCAGUCCUAUAAGCAGGAUGAGCAGAUGGCCAUGAAGCUGCUGACAUAUGAGCUGAAAAACUGGAGCAACGCCACCUGCCUGCAGCUGGCAGUAGCAGCCAAACACCGAGACUUCAUCGCUCACACCUGCAGUCAGAUGCUGCUGACCGACAUGUGGAUGGGACGCCUGCGCAUGCGCAAAAACUCCGGUCUGAAGGUGAUUUUAGGUCUGCUUCUGCCACCGUCCAUCCUGAGUCUGGAGUUCAAAAACAAGGAUGAGAUGUCCUACAUGCCCCAGGAUCAGGAGACCUAUCUGCAGGAGAAGGAAGAGAAGGAGCCUGAGAAACCAGUCAAGGAGAAGGAGGAGGAGGACAUGGAGUUCACAGUAAGAUCUUACUGUGAGACGCAGUACAACUCCGUGGCAAUGCUGGGUAAGGUAACCGCAGAGGCAUCCAGAAAGAAGGAUGUCGAGGAGGUUCAGAGCCGCCACCGCCUCAUCCCCAUGGGACGCAAGAUAUACGAGUUCUACAACGCUCCAAUUGUCAAGUUCUGGUUUCAUACGAUGGCAUAUGUGGGAUACCUGAUGUUGUUUAACUACAUUGUUCUGGUUAAGAUGGACCUGUGGCCUUCUCCCCAAGAGUGGAUUGUCAUUGCUUACAUCUUCACCAACGGCAUUGAGAAAAUGAGAGAGAUCUUGAUGUCAGAGCCGGGCAAGUUGCUGCAGAAGGUGAAGGUGUGGCUUCAGGAGUACUGGAAUAUCACAGACCUCAUGGCCAUCCUCAUUUUCUCUGUUGGCAUGGUUCUGCGUCUGCAGGAGCCACCACUCAUGAGCUACGGGCGCGUCAUCUACUGUGUCAACAUAAUCUACUGGUACAUCCGGCUGCUUGACAUCUUCGGAGUCAACAAGUACUUAGGUCCCUACGUGAUGAUGAUUGGCAAGAUGAUGAUCGACAUGAUGUAUUUUGUGAUCAUCAUGUUGGUGGUGCUGAUGAGUUUCGGGGUGGCCCGUCAAGCCAUCCUCAACCCCAAUGAAGACCCGUCUUGGAUGCUAGCCAGAAAUAUCUUCUUCAUGCCUUACUGGAUGAUCUACGGAGAGGUGUUUGCUGAUCAGAUUGACCAUAUGCAUAGUAGGAAGUUACAGCAAAGGCUGAAUGAAAAACUCUGGCUGGUCGAAAAUUACUUUCGAACGCACGGAACCUGGCGUAGCAAUGGUCCAUCCCACAUUGCCCAGUGCAGUCAAAAUCCCACUCCUUGUGGACAAAAUAUCACGACAGAAGAUGGUGUGGUGGUGACCCUACCACCCUGUAAGACUGGAGCUUGGAUCGUCCCUGCAAUCAUGGCUUGCUAUCUGUUGGUGGCCAACAUACUGCUCGUCAACUUGCUCAUAGCAGUAUUCAAUAACACAUUCUUUGAGGUGAAGUCCAUCUCCAACCAGGUGUGGAAGUUUCAGCGUUACCAGCUCAUAAUGACCUUUCACGAACGCCCAGUCCUUCCUCCACCCCUCAUCAUCUUCAGUCACAUAACUAUGGUCCUCAAGCAUCUGUGCUGCCGCUGGCGCAAGCAUGAUGAUGACGAGAGGGACUAUGGACUGAAGCUUUUCAUAACAGAGGAUGAGCUAAAGAAAGUUCAUGACUUUGAGGAGCAAUGCAUCGAAGAGUACUUCAGAGAGAAAGAUGAUAGAUUUCAUUCUUCUAAUGAUGAGAGAAUCAGAGUUACAUCUGAGAGGGUGGAGAACAUGGCAAUGCGUUUGGAAGAAGUCAAUGAGAGGGAGCACUUCAUGAAAGCAUCACUACAGACUGUUGACAUUCGUCUGGCCCAGAUGGAGGAGCUGAUCGGACGGAUUGCCAAUGCGCUGGAGCGUGUGACGGGUGUUGAACGUGUGGAGGUCAGCAAAGCCCGAUCUCGGACUUCAUCUGACUGCACAGACUCUGCAUAUAUACUCCGUCAAGCUGAAUGCCAAGAGUCAGCGUACAUCCUACGUCAGAGCAGCUUCAACAGCACCGAGGGGAAUGCAUACCGCCUCCAGGAGGCACUGGAGGGAACAGCUGAGGGCUCCAUGUCCCCUCCUUCUCCUACUAGCAUGGCUACACGGGCAAGGAGUCACUCGUUUUAUGUGGGAGGCGGGCGUGCCGUUGAACGUGCAAGUGGGGCCGAACGAGCUGAAAGCUUCUUCAAGGAGCGCUCGCUCAGUCUCCACCGAGCCAACAGCUCACAAUCUGUGUCCUCAGCUGCUGCCACCAAGGAGUCUAAGCCCCUCCCACUGGCGACGCUGGCGGUUUCCCAGCAGCACCGUCCUUCAUCAUGCAUUGAUAUCUAUGUCUCAACUUCUGAGGAGGUGGGACCUACAGAGGUCUUUCUCGAUCCUCUCCGUGUGAUCCCACCUCUGCAGAGAGACUCCUCAGUGCAGUCGGAUACCUUAGAGACGGUGCUGCGUGGAGGCCGCGAGUACAGCAGCACUGCCACUAGCGGUUUGGGCGACAGGCACUCGGAGGGCGAAGCAGGAAGCAGUGGAACAGCUGGAGCUAUGUUUGAUGACAGUGCAGCUGCUGACUUGUCAUUGUGUUCAGCACACCUCUUACCAGACACCACCCUACCUCCUUGGGACACGGAGCCGUCUCCACCUCCCUCAGCAGGGCUGCUUGAACGCUCCAAGAGCAGCCGCUACCUCUCGACGGUUGGCACGUCGUUCCUGGACGAGCCUCCUCUGGUCAAGUCCCACAGCCUUAUGUUCACGCCGAGAGGCUGCUAUGGAGGACUGGGGGCAGGGGUCCAGGUAAAGGCUGCAGAGUACACCAGCAUCACUGACUGCAUCGACACACGCUGUGUCUCGGCUCCAUACACUCCAGCAGAAUGCUCACAUUCACCUGGGACAUCCACGUCAUUCACCUUCGAUAAGCCGUCAGACAUCAGUUCGUCUCACCCGGAAAGAGAGGCAGAGCUAAGUCACACAGAGUCUGAUCCAGAGGACCCAGAGGAUCUGAUUUCAGCCUCCAAUGCACCUCGAACAGGAGGCCUUGGUGGGCCCAGUGGAGCCCCUCUUUGCUCCCCCUUCUCCAAGCUGGAGAGAGCAAACAGCUGCUCUUCAGACGACUCCCAUCCUUCCCUCACACUGGCCCCUCCACACCGGAAGAGCCUGUCAGUGAGUGAGAGGAUGGAGAGGGGACCGGGUUUGGGAGCAGACAGGGGACCUGGGCCUGGGGGGAGAGGUCUGGUGGGACACAGAAACCCCUUCCUCAGGAGCAAGUCUGGAGCAAGGCCCGACACAGCCAAGACUGACAGCCUGUCCAUAAGAAAGCUGGCGGCUCCGUCAGCUUUCCGCAGCUUUGAAAGACAAAAUUACACGUGACAAGGACACAUUGGGGCACUCACACACUGUUAGGGUGGGAAACUGAAACAACAAGGGUGACAGCAAGAUAAAGCUGCCUGUAGAUUGCUGAUCUGGACCAUACCUACACUUUAUUCCCUUUCAUUUUCAUUAGGCAAGUUUAUUCCCACUCAGCACUGAAGGGCAGUUUUAUCUUGAGCCACGAAUGAGAACAUUUAGAAGUUCCUACGUGAACCCGUCAAAACAAAGAGCUACGAAUUUAGACUAGUUUAUACCUCUUGUAGCAAAAUAACUUACAGUGGGAUGUCAUGACGAUGGAAGAUGUUUUUGUCUUGUAUGUCUUCCACUAAUUGAGUAGACAUCUGUCACUGAAUUUCAUCACAUAUCAAUCACACUAGUAAGAUAGGAGUACGCUGUCAUUCCUACUUGUGUUAUUUCAUAGACACUGUCACAUCUGAGCGUCAAAGAAAGAAAGAAAGAAAGAAAGA